CAAUCCAAACCCCUAAUCACACGCGCACACACAUACAGCAGACUUCUCAAAACUCUGUUUUUCUCCACUGCCUAUCUCUUACAGUCUCUCUCCUCAACUCCGCGGCGUAGAUCCGAGGAGUUUUGGAAAACAUAAUCGCAGCUAAGAAUCGGGCUUUCAGUCGAUCCCACAAUCAGUUUGUUCUCCAGAUCUUGGGAUUUUAUCAGGUAGCUUUGUAUCUUGAGUUUUUAUCAGGUAGCUUUGUCAGGUCUCGAUUUUUUUUUCGCGUUUUUUGUUGUGUAAGUGUGGUUCGCGUGUGUAUAACAUUGGAAUUAGGUGAAUCGGUGGGUCUGUGGAUUGUUUUUAUUGGAGAUAGAAUUCUGUUUGCUCGUUUUCUUUUUGUAGCGGGCUUCAAUCGAUUUGGUUUUCAGUUUAGAAGAUCUAUCUGUUUAUAGCAUAGUUGAGUUGAUAUCAUCUGUCACCUGAUUAGAUUAUCUUUCUCGGUUUAUCUUUAUUGUGACAUAGGCUUUGGUUGGUUGUUUCUCCCAGUUGAUAUUGAUAUUUUGUUUGGGAUUUUGGCUUGGGGGGGAGUGAAUGGACGAGCUUAAAAGCUGAUCUUUUGAAGUUGUACUUUGUGUGUGUAUGCUAAUGGCAUGUUAUGCUUUCAUUGUUUUACUGCUCUAGAAGCUCAAACGUGAGUGUUUUUGUGGUUCUUUUGUGCUUGACUUGCUAUUGGUUUUGUCUUGUGAUAUUAGUCAGUGGCUGCUGUGUGUAUUUUUGUCUGUAGAAUGGUUAAAGCUCUUACAUUUUGUUUGAAUAUUUUAAAUAUUGACAGUGACUUUGCAUCAUUGACUCGUUUGGUAUGUUUGUAGCUCCAGUAGUAGUCAAGUAUGUUAUACUUAUACUGGGUUACAAUUGUCAGAAGAUCUAUCUGGUUAUGACUGUUGAUUUGAUAUAAUCUGUCAUCUCUUGAGAUUAUCUUUCUCAGUUCAUCUGCUCUGUGAUAUAAAGUUUGGUGGUUUGUUUCUCCUCAUUGAUAUUACUAUUUUUCAAUCUUUAGUGUAAUUGCAAGGCGGAUAGAAUGGAUGAGCUUAAAGCUGGUAUUUUUAGGUUGUACUUAGUGUGUGUAUGCAAAAUGCAUGUUAUGCUUUUAGUACUUCACUGCAAUGAAGUUUAAACGUGAUGGAUUAGGUGUUUGUCCUACUUUAGUAGGAGUGUUCCUGUGGUUCUUUUGUGCUUGGUUUGCUAUUAUUUUCCCCAGUGAUAAUAGUCAGUAGCUGCUGUGUUUAUGGUUGUGGGCAGUAUGGUUAAAGCUUUUACCUUUAACUACAAAAUUUGUUUUAAUAAUUGAAAUUUGGACAAUGCACUUUGCAUUAUUUAUUUGCUUGUUAUAUGUGUUACUGUGAGUCUGUGACUGGCCAGGAGCCGUUAAGUAUGUUAUACUGGGUUAAGAUUGUUUUUGCUUUAUUAUAACUGCAGCAACAUCCAUGUGUAAUAAUUUUGUCUAUUUCCGUGAAUAUAUGUGACCGUGUUUCACCGGAAUUGUCCUCUGUCAUAGUUUCUCAUGAAAAUAAUUUGCUUCUUCCGUCACUGUUUUAUAGUUUUGCAAACAUGGCCGGAACAGCACCCGAAGGUUCUCAGUUUGACGCUCGCCAAUUUGAUGCGAAAAUGAAUGAGCUUCUUGGAACCGAUGGAGAGGAGUUUUUCACUAGCUAUGAUGAGGUGUACGAUAGUUUUGAUGCAAUGGGUCUGCAGGAAAAUCUUCUGAGGGGCAUCUACGCCUAUGGUUUCGAAAAACCCUCGGCCAUCCAGCAAAGAGGUAUUGUCCCAUUCUGCAAGGGUCUCGAUGUCAUUCAGCAAGCUCAGUCUGGAACUGGGAAGACGGCAACUUUCUGCUCGGGUAUCCUUCAGCAGCUGGACUACAAUGUGGUGGAGUGCCAGGCUCUUGUCCUUGCACCCACUCGCGAGCUUGCCCAGCAAAUCGAGAAGGUGAUGCGAGCCCUUGGUGAUUAUCUUGGUGUGAAGGUUCAUGCUUGUGUUGGGGGCACCAGCGUACGUGAGGACCAGCGUAUCCUCUCCAGUGGGGUCCACGUAGUGGUUGGCACUCCGGGUCGUGUAUUUGACAUGCUCAGAAGGCAGUCCCUGCGCCCUGAUUAUAUCAAGAUGUUUGUUCUAGAUGAAGCCGAUGAGAUGCUAUCCAGAGGGUUCAAGGAUCAGAUUUACGACAUCUUCCAGCUACUUCCCCCCAAGAUCCAGGUUGGCGUGUUCUCCGCCACCAUGCCUCCCGAGGCUCUCGAGAUCACCCGCAAGUUCAUGAACAAGCCCGUACGCAUCCUCGUCAAGCGUGACGAGCUCACCCUCGAGGGUAUCAAGCAGUUUUACGUGAACGUCGAGAAAGAGGAAUGGAAGCUCGAGACACUUUGUGACCUUUACGAGACCCUCGCCAUCACACAGAGUGUCAUCUUCGUCAACACCCGCCGCAAGGUUGACUGGCUGACCGACAAGAUGCGGGCCCGCGACCACACUGUCUCAGCCACUCACGGUGACAUGGACCAGAACACUCGUGACAUCAUCAUGCGCGAGUUUCGUUCGGGUUCCUCAAGGGUUCUCAUCACCACCGAUUUGUUGGCUCGUGGUAUUGAUGUUCAGCAAGUUUCGCUCGUCAUUAACUAUGAUCUCCCGACGCAGCCGGAGAACUAUCUUCACCGUAUUGGACGAAGCGGAAGGUUUGGGAGAAAGGGGGUGGCGAUAAAUUUCGUGACCAAAGAAGAUGAUCGCAUGCUUUUUGAUAUUCAGAAGUUUUAUAAUGUCGUGGUUGAGGAGCUGCCGGCCAAUGUGGCGGAUUUGCUUUGAGGAGUGUGGUUCGUUCGACUCGUUUGGGUUGUGUUAUUUUGUUCUUGCCCGAGUAAGUUAUUAUUGUUACUGUCGUGUUUUUUCGUGGAGGUCCUUAGGGUUUUUGACUGGUGCUGCUUGGGACUUUGNNNAAGGAAGGGACUUUAUUUUUUUUCUCUCAAUUUGAAAAAUUUGAUGUUCGGUGUAUUGUAAUUGUCGUCUUCAAGAAUAACUGGUGUUUUGGAUGAUGAUGAACUUUUUAUGGAGUCUUUAUGUUAAGAAGUUUGAAUUUGUUCAAU